AUGACAGCUAUCAAGAAGGUCGCAGUGCUUGGCGCCACUGGCGCAUUGGGAGAGGUUCUCAUACCAGCCCUACUGCAAGCCGAUUUCGAGGUGACAUGCAUCACCAGAACUGACAGCAAGAGGAACCUGCCCAUCGAUGUCGUGGUCAGAGUAUCCGAUUAUUCCGAUGUCGCUGCCCUCACAGUGGCACUCAAAGACCAAGACGCCGUUGUCGAAGCAUUCAACCCAGCAGCCGCAUCCUAUCAGACGCACAUCUUGCAAGCAGCACUGGCCGCCGGAGUCAAGCACAUCAUCACGCCAGACUUUAGCGGCAAUACAUUCCACCCCAAUGCUAAAGAGGCUGUCAUUUUCAACCCCAAGUUGACCGCACAGCGUGAGGUCGAGCGGGUUGUCGCCGAGUCCAACGGGUCGUUGGCAUGGACAGCCAUCAUCUCGGGUCCGUGGUACGACUGGACCAUCGAGCGCGGCAUUUUCUGGGUCAACAAGGAGAAUCGUACCGUCACGCGGUACGGUUCUGGAGAUCAGAAAUACAGCAUCAGUCGCCGCGCACUCAACGGCGAGGCCCUCGUCGCUGUUUUGAACAACCCGGAAGAGUACCGAAAUAGAGCUGCCUACUUUGCCAGCCAUACUGUAUCGACAAACCAGUUGAUUGCGGUGGUGAAGGACCUCGGUCUCGAGAAUUGGAAGAUUGUCGAUGUCCCGUUUGAUGGGUUCGCGGAGAAGGCUCAUGCUAUGUGGCAAGAGGAUACGGAAAAUGGUGUUACUGACAGACUCAACUCCAAGGCCUAUGCGGCUCUUUCUACCGUGGCACUCCUGGACGAAGGCAAUCGCUAUGGGUCGAAUUUUGAGGACCAAGUUGAGUCUGGGUGGGAUGAAGGCGGGGAUGCGCUGAAGGAGAACUUGAGAAGGCUUCUUGAGUAG